CGGACGUCGUCGCGGUUGACAGGCCUGCCGGUGUCCGUAGCAACUUAACUCACUCAUGUCCCGUCGAGCGCGAGGGGCAGGAUCGCUGGCCCGUCGUCCCCGAGGAAUUUGAUCGCGGGUGAGGCGAGUUCACGGGAGUCUGUGCGGUGCGAGAUCCGGGUUAACGCGAAGAACCUCGCCGCGUCCGCCAUGUCUGCGAGUGAAUAGAAGUGCGAAACGGGACAGGAACGAACGCAAGAAGGAUCGAGGGGGCAGCCGCACGCUUGUCAGAGCUCGGCGUGCCGUCCGAGCAACGAUAUCUAGACAAAGAGAGGGAAGGAGAGAGACAAAGAUAGCGGAUAUCGAGUCGUCGGGUGAUCCCAUCACGAGCAACGGCAGGGGAAAAAAAAGAUACAUAUAUAAGACACAUAUCCCUCUCGAGCCUAGGGAAUCUCGGCGCCGCGCCGUUGCCUGUCCGCUAACGGGUGUCCGCGAAUUAUCUCCCGAGGAGGUGGAGAGAUCCGAUCGCGCGCGAGCCCUCGCUCGCCGCGUAGAACCCCGAUUAAUGGAGGCGCCGAGGAUCCUGGGACGCGCCAGCAACGCCACCAGCAACACCAGCGUCACCAGCGACAACAUCAACAACAACAACGCCGCGGGAGACGCGCCGCGCGGGUGGAAUGCCGUGCAGGUGGAACGUCGUCCCGACGUCGUCCGAGCGUGAGCCGCGCGAUCCCCCCGAGUCCGCCGUCGACUCCCGGCGACCGUCGCCGGGACUGCUAUGGGCCCGUCCACGACGCCGUUCGACGCGCCAGGAUUCCUGGAGUGACGCCGACGCCCCCCCCCCCCAGGUCGCCAGGUGCCAGAGGCGCGUCCUCGGGAGAGGACACGCCGCGCCCUCCCGCCGAGUCCUCCGGGGUGUGAACGCCGAUAACGCCUCUUCUGGGAGAGCGCGAGGAUCUCUCCAGCGAGAGAGAGGUUAGACCGGGAAUUGAUCGCCCCCCCCCUGCCCCCCUGAUCCCCCCUCGUCCCUCCUGCUCCUCUACCCCCCCUCGGAAGUGGCAUCGUCCGACGAACUCUGACAGUCAACCGGCAGCCCCCUCGGCACUCGACUCCCCCCCCUUCCCCUCCUUGCUCGCUCUCUCUCUCUCUCUCUCUCUCGCCCGCGCGUCCCUCUCCUUCCGCGCCCUAGCGUAUACACCACCGCGCCCGCGCGUGCCCUUUUCCGCUUGCGGAAACUGCGACGAGUGUCGUGUUCGUGUUCGUGUCCGUGUCCGUGUCCGUGUCGUGUGUUCCAAUUCUGUCGUGUCGCGUCGCGGGGCGCCCGCGGCUUCCCGGGGGCGCGCGAGAUAUGCCCUGACACCGGGGAUCGAUCCCCGUCGUCGCUGAUAUCACACCCGGAGAGGUAAUAUUGUUGUCGUCGUCGCGCGAUUGUGCGACUGCGUGCCGAUCGUGCACAUCGGGAUAGAUCGCGGCUCCUGGACUCGGGCGGGGGAGAGGGAUAUUUAUACCGCCCGUGAAAUAUAUAUCUCGCGCCCGCAACCGUGGAUAACAACGGCCGUUACGAGAUGCAGAAACGGGGCGACAACCGCGGGGAUAAGGAGCUCGGGGCGCGCAACCCCGAGCGCGAGCAGGAGGUCGCGCUCAACACGAAGCGGACCUCGAGGGGAAGCGGGAACGCCACCCGGUCGAACGUCCACUCGUCCCGGCACAGCGUCACCUCGUCGUCCAACGUGCUCAUGGUCGGCCCGAACUUCCGGGUCGGCAAGAAAAUCGGCUGUGGAAACUUCGGGGAGCUUCGUCUCGGGAAGAACCUGUACAAUAAUGAGCACGUAGCAAUUAAAAUGGAACCAAUGAAGUCAAAGGCACCACAGCUACAUUUAGAAUAUAGGUUUUACAAAUUAUUAGGUACACAUGUUCAUAACACACAUAUAGAGGGUAUACCGGAGGUGUACUACUUCGGCCCGUGCGGGAAGUACAACGCCCUGGUGAUGGAGCUGCUCGGACCGAGCCUCGAGGACCUUUUCGAUCUCUGCGGGAGGAGGUUCACCCUCAAGACCGUUCUCAACAUUGCCACACAACUCCUCCAUAGGAUAGAAUACGUUCAUAGUCGGCAUUUGAUAUACCGCGACAUCAAGCCGGAAAAUUUUCUGAUAGGACGAUCCACUACCAAGCGGGAAAAGAUUAUUCACAUAAUCGAUUUUGGACUAGCCAAAGAGUACAUAGACCUGGAGACGAACAAGCAUAUACCGUAUCGGGAACACAAGAGUCUCACCGGCACGGCGCGUUACAUGAGCAUUAACACGCAUCUUGGCAAAGAGCAAAGCAGAAGAGACGACCUGGAGGCGUUGGGUCACAUGUUCAUGUACUUCCUGCGCGGCAGCUUACCCUGGCAAGGGUUGAAGGCCGAUACGCUGAAGGAGCGUUACCAGAAGAUCGGGGACACGAAACGAGCGACGCCAAUCGAGGUGCUCUGCGACGGUCAUCCCGAGGAAAUGGCCACGUAUCUUCGCUACGUACGCAGGCUGGACUUUUUCGAAACGCCGGAUUACGAGUACUUGAGGAAGCUCUUCCACGACCUGUACGAGAGACGCGGUUUCGUUAAUGACGGCGAAUUCGACUGGACCGGCAAGACGAUGUCCACGCCUGUCGGAUCCCUUCAAACCGGCCAGGAGAUCGUUGUAUCGCCAAAUCGUGACCGGCAUCCCUCAGCUUUUAAGGAAUUCGCAGGUGGAGGGGUGGGAGGUGGGGGCGGUAAGGGGGUGGGAGCCACGUGGCCAGAUACUGUGAAGCAAUCAGGAGCCGGUGGUACAUUGACACCUGCUGACAGGCACGGCUCUGUACAGGUGGUGUCGUCGACUAAUGGAGAGCUAGCCAAUGAUGAUCCGACCGCUGGUCACUCCAAUACACCAAUCACAGCACCUCAGGAAGUGGACAUGAUCGACGAAACCAAUGUUUGCUUCAUUUCCAGAUGCUGUUGCUUCUUCAAGCGCAAGAAGAAGAAAAGUGGAAGGCAGAAAUGACUGUCCGUUACCGUUGGUCUCGGGGGGGCGGUGCAGUGCGCGGGUAAUAGUGCCGAUGGGUCCGCCGGAGGGGUCGUCGCCGUCUCCACGACGUCGAGGACGGGGAAACGCGGCGCGGCCGCGGGGAUGAUGAGCGCAGCAGCAGCCGAUACUGCCAGCAGCGCCGAUCCCGAGAGAGAGGCCGUCACUCUGCUGCGCAUCGGUAGCCGAUCAGCGUCAAGGGACUCGGUGCUGCACACGACCGUCACGAUGACGCCGACGCCGACGCCGCCGCCGCUGUCCAACUGAACGACCGCCAUCAUCGUCAUCGUAUUUCUCACCACCAUCAUCGUACCAUCUAUUACAUUUCUAUCGUCAUGUUGAUUGGAUGGUUUUUGCGACUCGGGAGAACGAAGGAGCUGCCUUUUCUCUGGCCAAUCGAGCUGCGAUCUCUUCGAUAAAUAGGCGGACUCGCUAAUGACUCGCUCUCAUGAUUCCGACCUGCGAUUAGUUGAUUAGAAUUGAUUUUUAGUUUGCAACCAUCGUAAGGGAAACGCGAAAACUUCGAUAGGUCUUUUAUUUGUUUUGCACGUUGUACGCACACUUGUAUGGGAGUACAGAAUACAUCUGAACGGUUGGACAAAGUGUAUUCUGUGACGCGCGGAAAUGUGGAAUUUUUUUUUAGAGAGAAUUUAAUUAUUGAUCUCCAAUUAAUGAGACCAAUAAUUGAUGAGAUGAAAUGCACUUUUCUUUGUAUUUUUUUUUUUUUCUUUCUCGUAAUGUUGCAGUGUGAAAAUUCGUAAAAUAUACAAUUGGUUGAAACGAAUUUUUACAUAUUUAUCCAGCGAGAUAUGACUGACCCUCUUGCUUCUCGAGCCGAUCAACUCGAUAGCUGGAUGAUUAGACCCAUUUGAAAUUUUCAGUAAAGUAAAAUCAAAGACACAUUCACGUCUCUAGCUUCCGUAUCUAUCUUUCUCGAUGCAUGUCGCAUGCAUCUUGCGUGUAUGUUUCGUUUGAUUCUUUUUUUUUUUUCUCCUCUUAUCGUCACAAAUAAGUCGAUGAAUAUAUUCCUAGUGGCCUUGAGCCACUGAUAGAAGUCAAGAGACGUUGGCGAAUCCACUUACCUACUUACUGAAUAAAUCCUCUCGUUUAGCCAAGAAAAGUGACCUCGCGCUAUUAUUAUUGCUACUAUUGUCAUGAUUACAUUUCAUCUUGUUGCUGCCCACUACUAUUACUACUUACUACUGCUACUAUUACUACUAUUAGCACUAUGAUUAUUAUAUUAUAAU